UUUGGAUAAUGCAUCGCAUAUCGCUGAAAAGAAAAAGCUCGGAAUUUUCUAUUCUGUUAACAAGGAGAAGUAACGACUCAUGCUUUCGUACCAACCACCUUAGCAACCUCAACUUUGCUACUUUCUCGCUCACGCGGAUCUGUCAAAACCGAAUCCUGGAAGGCUACUUUCAAGCUACGAAAUCUUCCCAGCGAACUCUCAGAACGUAUCAGUCGUCUUCUUACGCAUCACUAGGCUUGCAUGAGGAUAGCCAUCACUCGAAUGCAGAGGACGUGAUCGGUGUUAGUUUCGGCAAUUUGCCUCAACAAGGUGCCGAUGCCGUCGAAAAUAGCAAAUUCAAAUUUCGAGCAAAAAAUAGAGCUAGCCAAAGUAUGACAGAACAGAUACCAAAGUCAAUUGAAGAGAUCAUUGUGUUUCACGAAACUCUUCACAAUAGUCACUUGCGAAUACAUUGGACCAAGGAGCGAGAGUCUCUCUUGCGGCGGGAGCGACGGAAGCUGGGGACGACGAAUCAACCAGCUGAAGAAUCGAUGGAUAGAUUUCAAUCUACUGGCUCGAUUCUGACUCACGCAACAGAACACGAAGAGGAGUCUCCACAGGUUUCUUUACUACCGGACCCUUCACUCUCGACAACGUUUGUCCCUCUUACAAAAAAGGAACCACCUGGAGACGAGAAAUGCGAUAAUUCCUUCUCUCAUCAAGCUCUGAGCAAAAGCGACGCCUCUUUUGAUGGCUUGUACGACUUGGAGACGAUCGCUUUUUUAGACUCCCUUGUUUCGUUUCGAGACGAAAAUGAAUACGACGGAAAUCUCUCUUCGAUGGCAGUCAAGCCUUCGUUGAUUGGUAGAACAAGCGUUUCGAAUGUCUGGCCACAGAAGAGGAAUUUGUCUCCAGAAAGCUCACAGCCAGCUAAAAGAAAGAGUAUUGAGCAGCAUGAGCCUUUUGUUGCUAGCGCGAAUAUUACAAGUAAGCCGGUUUCCCCCAAUGUAGCCGCUCAAGAUGCUCGAGUGGAAGCUUCCCUCCUUCCCGAAACUGGGUCUAUCAUUAACAAUGAUGAAGGGACUGGGAAGCAGUUUCCUAAAUUUUCUGACGACGAGACUCCAUCAUUAAAUUUGCUAUCUACCCAGCAAGAAAUGCUGUUUGCUGCAGUGUCACUUUUACGCGCAACUAGCGACCGAGAAUGGAAACGCUUUGACCAAUUUGUCGAAUCAGAUGAUGAGGAUGCAGAUUCUGCCAUCGAUAAUGCGAAUGAGAAUCUUCGAGAUGAUACUAUUUCAUUCAAUUCGAUUGAUGACAGCGCUAAAGCAAAAGACAAAUAUCUACGUGGGUCGAUAGAGAGCUACUCGAUUGACGAUAUCACUGAGGAUGUCCUCUUAGGAAACUUGAUGUUGUCUACAUUGGAAUACAAUUUGCUUUUAGCAAAUUUGGCACUGUCGCCAACACAUUCCACAGACGAUGCUUUUAGUUUACUCAUGCGUCUAUAUCGACAUGUGACGAAGCUGAGCGAAAUGGGUGUAGGUGCAUGCACUCCUGACGGUCUCACAUAUGAAAUUCUUAUUUUGACUUUUGGUCGAAGACUACAAGCAUACGCUGCAGGAAUGGAUUUAAUAAAGGAGAUGAUGGAUACUUCUCGAUUUACCCCCCGAGCACUGCUUGCAGCCUUUGAACUUUGCCGCCAGCGAUCAGAUUUGAAUCUCACUAAGGAGAUCCUCCAACAAGCAAUCUCAGACGAAUCUAGAUCUUUUCCAAUUCCAAACAGUGUGUAUUCCACCUAUCUCAGCAUGUUGAAACCAGAAGAUGCAACCGAAGAGGCUUUGCAGGUGUUGCAAACCUGUUUAAAAGAAGAGGCCAUAUACCGACCAAGCAUUCACGUUUGGACAAAGCUUGUCCACACUUUAUGCUGGGGAUCGCAUCAAAAUGAGAAGAGGAGAAAUCUUUUAGGAAAUGUUUUUCGAUUUCUUCUGUCUAAAUGGACCGACUUCGUUCCAGAUGCUCGGUUGCGCCGAAUUGGAUUGGAUCUGAGUCAGCAGAUUCCUGAUCCCAAAAUGGCUCACGAUUUGAUUCAAACUGUCUUGAAGCACGAAGUGUUGAAGCAGCGUCACACUUCGGCCUCUAGAAGGAGCUCCGGGGAGCAAAUACGACACGGCACAUCAGCUAGCUCCUUGCUCUUAUCACCGACAGAGGAUGAACGAAACAGGGGAAAGAAUAGUUUCCGCGGGUACUCCGUGCCGUCGGCAGAUGUGACGAAGGCGAUGGAAAUUUGCGCUCGCUGUGACGAAAUGGACAAAUGCGAAUCUAUCCUUAAAAAGAUUGACAACCUUGGUUAUGCAGUCGAUCCGGCCCUCCAUAGUACAUUGUAUAGUAUGGUCCUGAAAGGAUAUGCCAAAACCGGAAACACAACAGCCGUGGUUCGACUGUUGUCACACAUGCGGGUAUCUGGGAUGAAAUUGAGUGAUGAGUUGUAUGGCACUGCAAUCCAUUGCUACGCCGUUUCAAACCAGGCUGAAGAAGCGUGUGCGCUAUUGGAAUGUAUGAAGUCAAAUUCGUUCAAUGACGGCGUAAGUCCAGGUGAUGCUUGCUACAACGCACUAAUUCUUGCGUACAUCCAAGGUGAAGAAUGGGACGCUGCGUUAUCAAUCUUUGCCGAAAUGAAAAAUUUGGGAAUUUCUCCUGAUCCAACUACGUCACAUGGCCUACUGUUGGCGUUCUUCAAAUCAGGUGGGCUCUCGAGCGCAGCAGAGUUUGUCACCACUCUGCUAUCGACGAAGGCUGGUAUCAACGGACAGACAUGCACUCUUGCUCUUCGCUUCUUUAUUCCUGAGCUACAAGCCUGCUCUGAUACAGCUUCCAUGCGCAAAAAGCUCCGCGAACUCGGUAUGAGCUGGAGGAAGGUCGGAGUAUUUCAAAAAGUCUUCCUGAGGAAGUAUUGA